AAAAAUGGCGAUGAAUAUUGACAGGCGGAGAAACAACGGGCCUAAUGGUGGGACAAGCGCGCCCGUGUUUGCGCGCACCAUCAGAGAAGCGCAUUAUGUCGAAAAACUGAGGCCGACACGAUCAAGAGGCCCAAACGAGCUCCGAAGAAUUUUCCUCCAAACGUCCAUCAUACCUUCUGCCUCUGGUUCUGCCUAUCUCGAGAUACCUUCCUCACCUGUCGCGCCCAAGACUAGCCUCAUUGCGCCGACUUCGUCGCUGAAAAUCACGGCGUCGAUACAAGGCCCAAAGCCCCUCCCCCGCAGCGCACCCUUCAGUCCGUCGCUCCUCCUUACGACUACUGUCAAGUUUGCACCAUUUGCCACACGGCACAGGAGAGGCUAUCUACGCGACUCAACAGAACGCGAUCUAGGCGUGCAUCUGGAGACGGCUCUGCGGGGAGUGAUCAUUGGCGAAAGAUGGCCCAAGAGUGGAGUGGAAGUGGUCGUCACAAUUCUUGAGGGCGACGAAGAUGGCUGGUGGGGCGACAUGGCAACCGACGGAAGCGCGGCUGGAAGUGGAUGGGGCCUAUUGAAUGUUUUGGCUGGCUGCAUAACGGUUGCCAGCGCUGCUAUGGUGGACGCAGGGAUCGACUGUGUAGAUGUGGUUUGUGGAGGGGUGGCAGCUGUAACACGCAAUCCGUCGUCAAAAGGCGAGCAAGAGCUGGCUAGGAUACUGGACCCAUGUCCUGCUGAGCACAAAGAGGUAGUGGCAGCAUGCGUGGUGGGCUACUUGGCUUCAAGAGAUGAAAUCACCGAGAUGUGGAUGAAGGGAGAUGUCGGGGCAGACGCAGACGCGCUCAUCGAGGGAGCGACACACGCAGCCGUGGGCAGUCUCGCAGUGGUCAAGGAAGUGCUGCUCGAAGCAAUCGAGGCCAAGUUCCGAGGGCAAAUGGAGGGCGCUGAGAGUGGUCUGAAGAGAAAGGCACAGGAUGUGGACAUGAGUGGAUGACGAAAGCAGUGCAUGUGCAUGCUCUGUCAUCAAUGGGCGUGGGCACGCACCCCAAUCGAACAGUCGCGAGGGCAUGGGCGAGGGUCUUGUUUGCACGAAUUGGGCCGCAACGGCCCCAACAGCCGGUGGACAGCAGGUUUCUCAGCGUGGUGCUAUACAGGCUAGGAAGUCCAGAUGCAUCACAGUGGACGUGUGGAAUGCAUAGCGCCGGUGUCCGGGACCGCAUUUGAAGCACACAGCGCAGGCUUGGACGGCCCACCCCACAAGCGCCCCCACAUGUCGGCGCAUUGGUUUGCAUGGCAUCUGCCAUGGCUGUCUGCGCCAAGGCCGUGGACACGACGGCAGCAGAGGCUUUUGCCGUGGCUAGGGAGUAGAAACAAAGUCAAAUAUGAAACGGUGUACGGAGGUGCC